AGAAUUCGGUCAGAAAUGACGGAAUUACAGAAUUUUUUUAUACAUUUAUUUAUGAUCAGCAAUGUAUAAAGACCAAUUCCACAAGAGAUCCGGCACCACCGAUCAAGGCAAAGACUACGAAAACUUCCUAGUGGCUUACUACUCCCUGAAACUAGUCCUCGACGACGAAGUCGCCGAUUUCAAAAUAAGCUCCAACGAUGAAGAACACGGCAACUUCGACGACCUGGUUAUCCAAACCACUUGGAAAAACGGCCGCCGCGACCAAUUCAAUAUUCAAGCAAAACACAAACAAACGGGCAAAAACAAGAACCUGCUCCUCGCUGCGUUGCAAGCAGAGAAGGGGAAGUUCAGCGUCAGGAAGCGAUUCGAGGAAUACAUUGAAAAGCCGAGCACAGACAACGCAAAGCUCAUUCUUUUCACCAACAGGAAAUUCGAUGUGGGUGAUAACAUCGAACUUAUUCGGAUGCAACGUUUCGCCGUUCACAUCGUCCAUCUUAAGGAACACUUCGAGGUUAUUAACACCGCGAAAGAGAAACAGAAUAGUGUUUACAAGUUUUAUGUGAAGGAGAGUGAAGAUGGGAAAAAGGAUAAGGCUGCAGUGCAGGAAAUUAAGCAGUAUAAGGAGUUUUUCAGACAUUUUUACUUGUACACUAAUCAAAAGAACGCGAAUGAUGUUCGGGACGUGAUCACGAUAAUUUUUCAAGAUAAGUUCAAGUGUGAUGUUAACGCUGUGAAAAACUAUUUGGAUUUUAUCACGACAUGGUGCAAUAGUGAUGGUAAGAAAGAUAUUUUAAACAAGGAGUUUCUUCAGCUGAAAAUAGUAGAGUGUCUGCUAUCACCGUACAUUUUAGUACCGACUGACAGUCAAAACUCAGAAAGAUCAGUUUUAUUUGAAGAAGCCAUUGAUAGAUUUGAUAUAACUGUCAUAUCUAACUCUAAUUUAUUAAAAAAUACGAAUAUAGCAAUUUCUAAAAGUCAGAUUGAUUUAAAUGACCUGAAUCAAAUUGGCAUGAAGUACCAACUAUUGACAAAACGUAUCAAAAAUAUCUCCGAGAUAUCAGACUCAAAAAGAGCUGCGUUACUAUGGCUCUUGAAUGAGUGUCCUUUAAUUUUGGAAGUUAAUGACUCCAACGAGGCUAUAAUUUUUAAAGCAAUCAGUUUGUGCCAAUGUAAUAGCCAAAAGAAGAAAUUUAUCUUAGUCGGAACAAAAAAAAAGUUUUUAGAUUGGAAGACGUUCCAUACUUUGUCAGAUCUGUACGAAAAUUGUGAAGACAUUUACAACAAAAUGGUCUCAACGUUUACUUGUUCGUUUCAAGGACAAAAGGAAGCCACUCUUGAAGAUAUAAUCAACAACAACGAAACUCUUCGACUUGUUUUCACUACAGACGAACUCUUGACAAUGGUGGUCGGAGCUUGCAACUUUGGCAAUCCUAAAGAAGUGGUCCCAGAUUAUUAUAUCGAGAGAAAAUUAACCAAAAUGGUGAUUGAUAUAAGUUUCAUAGACAAAUUCAGCGAUACAAACAUCAGUGUGAUCAGCUGUAACGGUAAACUCAACUACCUGAAGAACAAAUUUCAAGACGUCAAUUUUCUACAACUUGACGAGUCUUCAGAUUCGUCCGACUCCCCUCGAGAUUCCUUGACAGAAUUCUUUAACAAACGAAACAUUUAUGUCGCAGAAGCAGAAUGUCCAAGAGAAAUGUUCAAACGGAUUUGCGAAGAAAACCCAACAAGCCCUUGUCACCAUUUUCAAAUCGACCACAAUAAUAAUUUAGAGUGGUUGGAAAGUGCCAGAAGUGUAGAAAGUCUACGACAAUCACCAUCCAAAGAAAACCAUUUUGUGAAGGAAAAAAAUCUUGCCAAUGCUUACCAAACGAAUAUAAUUUGCGCUGACGCCGGAAUGGGUAAAUCUAUGAUGAUGUCCAACCUGAAGAACAAUUAUUCUUCAGAGGUUUGGGUCGUGAAAAUACUCCUAAGAGAGCAUGUCGCGUUUUUUGGGAAAAGUGCUGAUCAUGGCGAAUUUUUACAAUACUUGUUAGAAAUUUCUUCGUUGACGGGAUUUGAACAAGGCGUUUUUAACAAGUAUAAAGAAACGAAACGAGUGGUGUUAAUAUGGGAUGGAAUUGACGAAAUAGGGAGAGAAGUGUUUGAAAAUGUGUUGAAAACAAUCGAAGAAGUAAAAAUCCGAGGGUUCGUCCAAUGGAUAACCGCCAGAACCAAUUUGAAAAGAACUUUAGAAGAAAGAUUGAACAUUCUGUCCAGAAGCAUCAAACCGUUUGACGAAAAGGAUCAACACAAGUACGUUUUAAGCCGUCUCCACGAUGUUGACAAUUUGGAGCAAACGGUAGACGAAAUAAUGAAGAAAAUCGACAACGACCACUUAGGAGUGCCACUGCAAAUCUUCAUGUUGACUGAAUUGUACCGACAAAACAACCGACUUUGCAAAACUUUGUUAGCUUACACCUUCUCGGUGACCGAUCUUUACGAAUAUUUUGUACACGAAAAAUUUCGUUUCUACUACAGCAAGGCAAACAUCGACGUCAAUAAUAACGUCGCGAAAACGAUAAUUCAAGAACACAAAGAGCGACGUAUUGAAGACUACGAAAUGGUCGCUUUAAACCUGUGUCUAGCUCCAGAGAUACUAGCGACUUUGAAGCUCUACAGCAUCGACAACUUUUUGCUCAAAAUGCAAAAAGAAGACGACUGCUUUGGAAUACUUGAAGUGACCAAAAACACAGUCAAUUUUGCUCACAGAACUUACGCCGAAUAUUUCGUCGCCUUGUGGUUGUCAAAGAAUUAUCAAAAAAUCACAAACUUGGGGGCAUUUUUCUUUGACGAUAACUUCAAAGGAGUGAGAUUUAUGUUCGAUCUUAUUAUGGCAAAAGAAUGUCCUGCUCACGUUGCCGUGUUGUAUAAAAACGUCGACCUUCUGCAGAAGCAUCUAGAUGAAGUUAAUCUUCAAGAUAAAGUUGGAAGAUCUCCUCUUCAUCUAGCUUCGUCCUGGGGUGAAACACACGCACUGUUGAACAGUCGCAACGAACGCAAGAAAAUUGUUAUUGGAACCGAGAAAGGGUUUGCAACUAAAGAAGAAAAUCCGAACUACGUCGAAAUACUAAAUGUGCUUGUAGAAAAAUGCAACACUGGACAAAAAGAUAGGUUAUUCGAAUUUGAUUGUCUUCAGUACGCCGAUCAGUCUUUAUCACUGUCGGCAAUAAACACGUUUUUAAAAUUUAAACCAUGUGACUGGGAACAAUUAAAGAAUUUUAAAGACUUGCCAACGAUACUUUACUACAUCAUCAAGUUCGACUAUACCCACUUACUGAAUAGCGUAAAAGAAGUACCAUAUAUUGAAACAACCACUGGUGGGUCUCUUCUACAUCUUUGUGCCGCUUUUGACCGACCACAUAUACUUCGUUUGCUACUAGAGAGUAAGCUUUACAGACGCACCAUUAACAAGACCGAUCAGAGGAAAUGGGCACCAGUUCACUAUGCGUCGUGUUUUGGGCACUUAAAUAUCAUGAAGAGUUUAAAAAACAUGGGAGGCGAUCUACAUCUAGGCAGCAGAAGUGGUGAAGAUACUCCUUUGUAUGUAGCAGCACAAUACGAACAGAUAGAAGUACUACAGUAUCUUCUAUCAAACAAAAGCAACGUUAACGUUUCAAAGAAAAAUGGCUGGACACCAUUGCUGGUUGCUGUUCAAAAAUCGUUUAUGGCUGUAAUACAACUGUUGGUUGAGCACAAAGCUGACGUCAACAUGCCAAACAAAGACGGGUAUGGUCCACUAUACGUAGCUGCCAGAAAAGGUAACUUAGAAGUCGCUAAGUACCUAAUUUCAAAAGGUGCGAAAGUGAACAUGGUUGGCAAAAAUGGCGAAGGUCCACUUUACAUAGCAGCUAAGUUUGGAUAUCUGCAAGUGGUGAAACUUUUAAUUCACAAGCAGGCUAAUGUCAAUGCUGUUAAAACGAAUGGGUGGACGCCAUUGACUAUUGCUAUUAAAAACGGUCAUCUCCAAGUGGUUAAAUUGUUAAUGGAAACUAAUCCCGUCUGUAAUAGCAACUCCAUAAUGGGAUCAAUAUGGAAACCUAUGACGCCUAUGACCUGGAAGAGAAAGUUGCACCAACCUUUAGAUAUUGCCGCUCAAAACGGUUCAGUCGAAAUGGCUGAAUUUUUGCUUACAAAAGGAGUCAAGUUAAAUGCUGAUGACAGUCAGAAUCCUUUGUACCAAGCAGUGUGUUGUGGACGGGUGGAUAUGGCAAAGUUGUUUAUAAAACAUGGUGCCAAAAUUAAACCCAGAGUGGUACAUGCGGCUAGACUGAAGAAACAGGCGACGAUGAUGAAGUUAUUGGUGGAUAAUAUGAAAGAAGAUGAUAAAGCGGAGUUGAAUUCUUACGACGAGGAUAAGCUGCUUGAAGACGAACAGUCUAAAAUGAAAUCAUUUUUCGCUGCUAAGGAUCCAGUGCCGUUACAAUCGAAAACGAAAAAGUGGUUUAUUAUAAUUACGUUGUUUGUAAUCGUCAUUGCCGUAGCUUUAGGUGCUAGCACUGUUUUGAACUAUUUGAUUGAUGUUAAAUGGACAUAAAGUGAACCACCGUGUAAAUUGUUACUAUUUUCUCUCAUCAUAGUCAUAUUAAAUUAAUUUUUUGUAGAAUAGAAUAAUGUAUUUAUUUAUUGUAUUUUUUGUGAAUACUUAUAACAUGUAAAUAUCUAGACAAUACGUAA